AUGAAAACUGCUAUUGCUUCACUUGUAAACCCUAAAUUUUCGAAAUUUUUUAUUCGUCUCAAAGAUCCAACUAAAAUAUAUUUUCCAGGAGAAGUUAUAAAUGGAUACGUUAUUAUUCAAGGUAGUAAAAUGGUUAGAGGUUCUUGCAUUAAGUUAGAAUUCAGAGGAAAAGUUAUGACAAAUAUUGUAGAAACAAAAGUAUUUUAUAUUAACGAGCAAUCUAUCAAACUCAAUGAUGAACCUGAAUUUGAUCCAAUAGAGACAUACCAACAAUUUUCAUUCAAUUUAACUUUACCUACAGACGAUUUAAUUUCAAAUUGUUCUUUAGCACACUGUUCUGUAUCAUAUAAAUUUAAAGCAUUAUUUAAACCAAAAUCAUGGUUGCCAGAUUCCACUUCACCUAAAUGUUCAGCCAGAGUUAAUAUUUUAGAUAAAAUUGAUAUUGUAAAUUAUUCACCACCUUUUAUUAAACCUUUUAGUAUAGAUGUCAAAGGAUCUGUAAAAAAAUCCAAAAAAAUGGGAUCUGCAAAAGUAGAGAUUGAAAUUGGCCAUGGUGCAGUUUUAAAAGGUCAAACCAUUCCAAUUCGAAUUUAUUUAGAACAUUUUGUGCCAAUUAAAAAUCUAGAUGGUGUUUUGAUAGCACUUUAUAGGAAAAUAAGUGCAGCUUCAAGCAGUGGAAAAGAAAAUUCCAAACUAAAAAUAAUAAAUGCAUCAACAUCACCAAUACUUAUUGAUCCAAAAACAUUAAAUGCAGUCAUUAAUACCAAAGUACCUAUACCUAAUAAUGGCGAUGAUGAUAAUGAUGACAACAUAAUAACACCAACAAUUAAAAUUGGAAAAAACCAUUUACUUGUAGAAUAUUUUAUAGAAAUUAUUGUAGAUUUGACAAUUAAAAAAACAAUUUAUGAAUCAUCAAAAAAAUCAAGUUAUACAACAAUGACGACUUCAAAAUAUUUAAAUUUAAAGGAGAAAACAGGAAAAUAUAAUGCGAAUUUUAAUAUUCCGAUUAUUAUAGGAACAUUUGAUAGAAGAGGGGGAAGAGGAAGUCAAAAUAAUCAAUCGUUAGAAGUGCCAACUAUAAUUCAUUCACAUUUUAAUAGUCAUCCAAGUGAUUUAUCAACUAAUAGUGUGAUUUUAUGGACUGGAAAUGCAUCACCAACUCCUUCAGCUCCAUCAGUAAAUGAAAUAGGCUUAUACGAUGAUGAAUUUGAAUUAUAUUAUUCUUCUGAAAUAAUACAAAAUUAA